UAUGAAAAACAGGACUCAAAGAUCGAUACGUAUCGCAAGAUGUGGUCGUUUAUGGAGAAAAAUCCCUCCGUUUUUGUCACUGAAUACGAGGAGGGGAUGAAACGGGUACUGGAGGGCGACUACGCCUUCCUUAUGGAGUCUACAAUGUUAGACUAUAUGGUGCAGAGAGACUGCAAUUUGACUCAAAUCGGAGGACUUCUCGAUAAUAAAGGCUACGGAAUCGCGACGCCUAUGGGUAUGUAU